GCGGCCGCCGUUUCUCCCCCCCCCUCUCUGCCCGUCCGCCAUAUUGUGGCCGCCGCCGCCUGCGAGCCGGAGCGUCAGGAGCCGCCGGAGACAGCGAUGGAAACGAUGGCGAGUCCUGCGAAGGAUAAUUAUCGAAUGAAGAGUUACAAAAACAAAGCUCUAAAUCCUGAAGAAAUGCGCCGGAGAAGAGAAGAGGAGGGAAUUCAGCUACGCAAACAGAAACGAGAACAGCAGCUCUUUAAAAGAAGAAAUGUGGAACUCAUUAAUGAAGAUGCUGCCAUGCUUGAUAGCCUCCUCAUGGAUUCUUAUGUCACUUCUACCACAUCAGGGGAGGGAGUGAUCACAAGAGAAAUGGUGGAAAUGCUCUUCUCAGAUGAUUCUGACCUGCAGUUAGCAACCACUCAGAAAUUCAGGAAAUUGCUCUCAAAAGAGCCGAAUCCUCCAAUAGAUGAAGUGAUAAACACUUUGGGAGUGGUGGACAGAUUUGUUGAAUUCCUAAAGAGAAGUGAAAAUUGCACACUACAGUUUGAAGCAGCAUGGGCAUUGACAAAUAUUGCAUCAGGAACCUCUCAACAAACAAAAAUAGUCAUUGAAGCUGGGGCAGUUCCUAUCUUUAUAGAGCUGUUAAACUCUGAUUUUGAAGAUGUCCAAGAACAGGCUGUCUGGGCGUUGGGGAACAUUGCUGGAGACAGCUCUGUGUGUAGAGAUUAUGUCCUUAACUGCGCUAUUCUUCCUCCCUUGUUAAUGCUUCUCACAAAGUCCACCAGGUUGACAAUGACUCGAAAUGCUGUCUGGGCCUUGUCAAACUUGUGCAGAGGGAAGAACCCACCACCUGAAUUUGACAAGGUGUCUCCCUGCUUGCCAGUAUUGUCCAGAUUAUUAUUCAGCAGCGACUCUGACUUGCUGGCAGAUGCAUGCUGGGCACUCUCCUACUUAUCAGAUGGCCCCAAUGAGAAGAUCCAAGCAGUAAUAGACUCUGGAGUGUGCCGACGACUGGUGGAGCUGUUAAUGCACAACGACUAUAAAGUGGCUUCCCCAGCCUUGCGAGCUGUAGGCAACAUUGUGACAGGUGAUGACAUCCAGACCCAGGUGAUCCUGAACUGCUCAGCUCUGCCCUGCCUCCUUCAUUUAUUAAGCAGCCCCAAGGAGUCAAUCCGGAAAGAAGCUUGCUGGACCAUUUCUAACAUCACAGCUGGAAACAGGGCGCAAAUACAGGCAGUCAUAGAUGCUAACAUAUUCCCAGUGCUGAUAGAAAUCUUACAGAAAGCAGAGUUCCGUACGAGGAAAGAAGCAGCAUGGGCUAUUACGAACGCAACAUCGGGAGGAACACCAGAACAGAUAAGGUACCUAGUAAAUUUGGGCUGCAUCAAACCUCUCUGUGACCUGCUAACUGUCAUGGACUCCAAGAUUGUUCAAGUGGCCUUGAAUGGUUUGGAAAAUAUCCUGCGGCUUGGUGAGCAGGAAGCCAAGCAAAGCGGCACAGGCAUCAACCCCUACUGCAGCCUCAUUGAGGAGGCAUAUGGCUUGGAUAAGAUUGAAUUUCUGCAGAGCCACGAGAACCAGGAGAUCUAUCAGAAGGCCUUUGACCUGAUCGAGCACUACUUUGGAGUAGAGGAUGAUGAUGCCACCCUGGCUCCCCAGGUAGACGAGAACCAGCAGCAAUUCAUCUUCCAGCAACCUGAGGCCCCCAUGGAAGGCUUCCAGCUAUAAUGUGACCAGAGAGGAAAAGAACACCACAAACUUGCCAGAAAGCAACUGGGAGAAGCCAGAUAGUCCCAUCCCCCCUCCUUGCAAACAGAAGGAGCAAACACCCAUUCCACCUGUUAGGAAUCGAGUCCUCCUCCUUCAGAAAAAGCUAGAAGCAAUGCUUUGUUUUCAUGGAGAGAAGAGGAUUUUUCUUACACUUUUUUUCUUUCUUUUUUUAUUUUUGCUGCUGCAUACAUGUCUUUAAGCAGGCACUGGGAUGGAGGAAGGACACUGAGGUAACUGAUGGCACCUCUCAUUUUUCUUUGUGGUAAUCUCCCAAACAUCACUUUUUUUUUACCUCUGGUACUUAAACGAAAUUUCAGCAGGGACGGGGUGGGGGUGUAGGUAAAAAGUGAAAUCAGAAGUAAGCAUUUUCUUCUGACAACAUUAACCCUGGACGCUUGGGAUGAUCUAUUUAAAUUUUUUUUGCACAUAUUACUCUUUAUUAAAGACUCUCUAAUCUGCCAAGAGCAAAGUUUAGUCCCUGGCCUUUUCAUGACCCUCCUUCAGUGGACAGCACCGUUGGACUUGGGCCCUGUAAAUGGACAAAGGAAAAAUGGGAGGUUUCUCCCCGUUGCUGGGAAGACUUUUCUCGGGGAAGGAUUUUUCCCUUUUGUUGUCUAAAAUUUUUUUUUUUUUCUUUUUUUUUUUUAAAGAACUGUUAGUGAUAUUUAAAGAAAAAGCAACAAAACCCCAAAGAUGGUCUUUGUAAAGAGGUGGGGGAGCUGUCUGGGUGGUCUCUCUUUUUUUUUUUUUUUCCUUUUGAAAGAGGAAGCACAGCUGCCAUUGCACAGGCUUCACUUGCAUUGCUACUGAUUGAAGUCGCAGAACUGAAAUGGUGAAAACCCGUCUUCAUCCUUACUUGAAAUUUGUUUUUUGGGUUUUUUUUUUUUUUUCAUGAGAACAUGUUAAAAGGUUUUUUGGCUUUUCUUUUGGCUGGAUGGGGUGGGGCGGGACCUUUUGUGGGGUGGGGAGGAAGAGCUACACUUGACAGCAUUGUGUGCAGUGUUAACUUCAGUAACAUAAGACCUGAGUUUUCAGGAUUACCUCCUGCUCACAGUUGGAUCAUGUACAUUUUACUUCAAAAAGAAGAGUCAAAUCUCUGUAUUUUUUAUAUAUUAUAUAUAGGUAGAUAUUUGUCUAAUUGGGCUUCAGAGAAAAAAUAUAUAUGAAAUUUCUGUAAUUUAUGUAAAUAGGAUACUGUGAGGCAGGCAUACCUGGAAAUGAUGGUCUGUAAACUCACUCGCUGGUUGUCCUGCUUCUUUUCCUCUGUUCACUCAUGUACUGUAUAAGCAAACAUAGAGUUGUCUUAAAUUCCUCAACCAGACUGAGUUUACUUAACCAAGAUUUGGUAUCACAUGUCAUGUAGGCUGUGGAGAAUACAAACACUUCUGAGACUGGAGGGAUGGGGGCGUGGGGAGAAACAUGGUCCCCUGAAGUGUCUUAAUACAGACGUACAGUGCAGACCCUCCCUAUUGCUGUCUUAAGCAAAUGCAAGCUUUGAAGCCUUUGAGAAUGGAAAUUCAAGUGGGUGAAAGACGAGCCUUGGUGCCAGUAAUUCAAAAUCCAAACAAAUCUAAUUUGACAAGUCCUUCAUUGUUUGAAAACAAAUAAACUACAUCUGUGCAUUUGACUGAGGCCUGGCUGUGGCUAGAGUGAUAUCUAAUGUGUAAAGGUUUUACCACUUGCUACAGGACAGGUUUGGAGACAGGGUAUUAAUAUUAAGUGUAGCAUGGUGGAGAAUCUUAGCCAUAGAGUACUGGUGCUGUGCUAUUGCAGUCAAUCUCUCUAGAAAAUUAGUAAGGAGUGCAGGCUCCUGGGAAGCACAGUGAUGUUAGAAGCUCUGUUUGGAAAAACAUGAGGCCAAAUCUUGUAUUUAAAAAUGCAUAUGGCUAGGGCUCAUCAGGGUCCCUAUGCUAGCCAUUUGGCUUGUUUACAUACCUCCCGUUGCCAAUGCGAAUCUCCUCCCAUUGAGCAAAGUGGAGAGAAAUCCAGGUAACCAGCCUUUAAAGGCUGGUUUUUGCCGCCACUGAGAGGACUCGUUAAUUGAAGCUUUUAUGAAAAGAAGAUUCAUUGUGUAAUUCAGUGUUACUAGGUAUUGAAGUAGCUUUUUAUAGAAGGGAGCACAUUAAUUACACUUUUUUUUCUUUAAUGGAGGCACUUGACAUUGCAAUUGAUGGAAGAGAGAGAAGCAGGAAAGAGCUGAAUUUAUAUCCAAAUUCAAGUCUUAAGUAGAAAACUAGACCACAGACUUCAUCAGCAUGUUGGCAGACUACUCCUGGAAUCUUAUACAGCAAUGUGGUGUUGGCAUCAUCCUAACUGCAAUUGUGUCAUCUUUCCUCUCAUUCAGGGAAACGGGGUUUUGCCUGCCUAAAUGAAACUAAAGAACCUGGAUGCUUUUUGACAGGGGGGAGAAGUUUUUGUUCUCAUGUACAAGGUAGUCUUGGAGAGAACCCCCCCCCCCCCUCCAGCUGGCUGUGGCAAAAGGGCAUGUUGUUCAGGCUACUUUUAAACUGUGCAGGUAGCUUAGCCUGAUCUGAUCCCAUACAGUCAAGUGGUGUAUCGGUAGACAUUACCAGCUGUUGAAUGGGUUUCACUCUUCUGGUGAUGGUCUUCAGCAGAACAACACUCAUGUUUCCAGUUCUGUUGGCGGUUGUCUGGGUGAAUUUUGAUAAAUGCUUCUUUCUCUCAUGUGGGAUUGAACAGUUCUCUGGCCAAUGAAACCUUUUUCAGCUGGAGACCGACAUGUUCAGUUGCAUUUCCCCCCUUCUAGUCUCUGGACUAGUCUAAUCCCGUCGGCCAAGGAAAUAGAACAACUGUCCUUGGUUUUGAAACAGUCUCUCUGAUUUCCUUCUGUUCUGCAUCCUGGUUGCAUGCAUGCAUGUAUAUGCAGUCCCUCAUCAGGUUUUGAGAUGCGAUACCUGCCACCAGGCAGACUUCAGUGGGUGGCUGACAGCUGACUGCUGAACCCUGCUCAGUGAGCAGGUGUGCCUCGAAUCGGUUCUCCAGAGUCUCCUCAUCCGGCAAAUGAAAGCCAGCAAUUUAUCCUUUCCCCCGAUUUGGGUUCUGUGUGGAAACCUUACAGAGAAAAUUUGAAAAGCCACUGAGCACAGUGGUCCAUGGUCCAGUUCAUUUACCUGAUGACAGAGACAUCUUGAAGCUGCUGUUACAUCUGUCUGCUCUUUGGCAUGGCAAAUUGACCGCAGUGCUACAUUAGAUCUGCGGUGAAAGGAGCAUAUCUUUCUAAGAUGGGAAUCUGAUCCUUUUGUUUUUCUGUUGAGAUGCAGGUGAAACCAAUGAAGUAACCUUUUGAGUUACCUACAGUAACUUUAUUUUCCUGAUGUAAUGCACUUUUGAGGACGGGCGUUAGUUGCAUUAGGCUGACCUCAGCCAUUUAAAAACGGGGCUCUUCUGCAGUUCUGUUCACUGCAGUAUGAAGGUGCAUUUACAUCUUUAUUGCACAAUCAUCUUUUUUUUUUUUUUUUUAAAUGGGAGACUUGUUUCAGGGCAGAGAUCGAGGUGAUUCUACGGUACCUCACUUCAGAAAAACAAAGCUGUGGCAGCCACUGCAGAGGUAAGCAUGGAUUUUUGUUUCAGCUAGCUCUGUUGCCUUGCUGCUGGGAGUAGCUUGCUUCCUCCUUGACAGCAGGCGUCGUUCCUGUUCAGUGCAGUGCCUCGUUGACUCUUUAAGCUUUCCCUUAGCAACAGAGAGUCCAGGCCUCCUGUUGCAGCAUUGUUUUUUUUCUGGAACUGAUAUGGCAGCUUGUAUAGAAAUGAGCAAACAGUUGGUUUAAAAAAAAAAAAA